GGAUGGAGAGGUGGAGGUGGUGCUUCAAGGGGAGGAUCAGGAAACCAUCAAAGAGUGCCUGUACAGACCACCUUGGAUAGACUGUGUCCAUACAAAGGAUGGAUGCUCUACUUCACAGAAGGCUUCAUCCAAAGUUCACCAAGUGUGGAGAAGAUCAAAGUGUUCGAGAAAUAUUUCACCUCCAAGAUUCAACUGUAUGACAAGGAUGAGAUUGAGCGUCAGGGUAGUGUUCUGGUGGAUUAUGCAGACCUGACUGGAGACAAGGCUGUGCGUGGAGCGCUUCCUGAUCUGACCACCGAACUAAAGGAACAGCCUGAGGUUUUGCUCAACUGUUUGGGAUUGGCUAUUCACCAGGUGCUGACACUAGAUCUGGAGGAACAGGCCUCUGAGCUGCAAGGGGAAGAGCUUCCUGUUGCUACUCCAAUCAUUAACAUCCCCCACAUUAGCGCUAGGCUUUAUAACUAUGAACCCCUGACUCCAUUGCGGUUGUUGCGUGCCAGCGUGUUCGGGCGGUUGGUGUGUGUGAGGGGCACAGUGGUCAGAGUGAGCAACAUCAGACCUCUGUGUACCAGGAUGGCCUUUAGGUGUAUGGGCUGCUCCAACACACUGUCCCUGCCACUGCAACAUGGGAAAUAUGCCACACCUACUAAGUGUAUUCAGCCUGAGUGUCGCGCUCGUACGUUUGCCCCCUGCAGGAGUUCCCCUUUCACUCAGACUGUAGACUGGCAGAUCAUAAAGGUGCAGGAGUUGAUGUGUGGGGAGCAGAGGGAGGCUGGGAGAAUCCCUCGCACUGUGGAAUGUCACCUGACCUCAGAUCUGUGUGACAGCUGCGUCCCUGGGGACACCGUUACAGUGACGGGGAUAGUUCGAGUUACCAACGAUGGUACUACGCGAGGGAACAAGGAUCAGUGUAUGUUUCUCCUCUACCUUGAAGCCACGUCAGUCAGUAACACUAAAGGUCAGAAAUCUAAGUCAGGGCAGGGUUCCGGAGGGUCUCUUGAAGACCGUUCAGGAGGGGAGGAGUUCAGUCUGAAGGAGCUGUAUGCCAUACAGGAGAUCCAAUCACAGCCUGACCUGCUAAGACUUAUAGUGCACUCUUUGUGUCCUGCCAUCUAUGGCCACAUGCUAGUGAAAGCUGGGCUAGCCUUGGUAUUGUUUGGAGGCAGACAGAAAAACACAGACAAAAACAGUGUCCCAGUUAGAGGAGACCCACACAUCCUGUUGGUGGGAGACCCUGGACUGGGAAAGAGUCAGAUGUUACAGGCAGUGUGUAAUGUGGCUCCAAGAGGAAUCUAUGUAUGUGGCAACAGCACAAGCACCACGGGACUAACGGUGACUUUGUCCCGAGACGCAGGAACGGGGGAUUUUGCCCUUGAGGGUGGAGCCUUGGUACUGGCUGACCAAGGUCUGUGCUGCAUCGAUGAGUUUGAUAAGUUGGGCAGCCAGCAGCAGGCUCUUCUUGAAGCCAUGGAGCAGCAGUCUGUAAGCCUAGCCAAAGCUGGAAUAGUUUCCUCUCUUCCUGCCAGAGCAUCAGUUGUAGCUGCUGCAAACCCCAUUGGAGGACAUUACAACAAAAGCAAGACUGUUUCUGAAAAUCUGAAAAUGGGUUCCGCCCUUCUCUCUCGAUUUGACGUUGUCUUCCUCCUUCUGGACAUCCCGGACGAGUCACAUGAUCGCCGCCUAUCGGAGCACGUCAUGGCGAACAGGGCAGGAAAAGGAAGAACCAGCAGCGCCAUUGCUACCAGGACAAACAGUGAAACAGGAACAUCCGUCUUACUUGAACAUUCAGAUAUGCCGCUGUCUGAACGUUUGCAGAUCCCUGCAGGUGAAAGUGUAGACCCCAUCCCAGCCUGUUUGUUAAGGAAGUAUAUCAGCUACGCUCGACAGUAUGUCCAUCCCACACUGUCUCCUGAGGCAGCACAGAUACUUCAGGACUUCUACCUGUCACUGAGAUCUCAGGCUCACUCUGCUGAUGCAACGCCCAUCACCACACGACAGCUUGAGUCUUUAAUCAGACUCACUGAGGCAAGAGCCAGGCUGGACCUCAGAGAGAUGGCUACCAAGAGUGAUGCAGAGGAUGUUGUGGAGAUCAUGAAACACAGUCUGGCUGAUACAUAUUCAGAUGGUCUCGGCAAUCUGGACUUUGAGCGCUCUCAGCUCGGGUCAGGCAUGAGUCAGCGCAGCACUGGGAAGCGCUUGAUCAACGCUCUGCACAUGCAUGCACAGAGAACCAAUCAGAAGCAGUUUGACCUUCAGAUGAUUCGUUCUGUGGCUGACAGGCUGAACAUCAAGGUGAUGGAUUUUGAAGGUCUGGUGAGUUCCCUGAAUGAACAGGGGUUCCUGCUGAAGAAAGGAGCAAAGCUGUAUCAGCUGCAGACCGUCUGAUCACUGACAAAUACAACAGACUCAGAAUACACACCUGCUUCUUUUCCUGCAGACCUGACAACAAGGUCAGUGUCAUAGUAUGAUGGGCCUGUUUUAUAUAAAAGGAAACGUGAUGGUUA